AAACAUAUACACAUUUUUUUGACGUCUCUCUUUCCAUACAUAUCGUUCUGUCAAUCAAACUUGGUUUGAGUUCUUUACAAUUGUAACUGUCUUUCAAAAUGGUGAAAGUUAAGUGCUCCGAAUUGCGUACAAAGGAUAAGAAGGAGUUGGUAAAACAGCUCGAUGAACUCAAAACGGAGCUUCUCAAUUUGCGUGUGGCCAAAGUAACCGGUGGUGCCCCAUCCAAAUUGUCCAAAAUCCGUGUGGUUCGUAAGGCGAUCGCUCGUGUGUACAUUGUUAUGCACCAGAAGACAAAAGAGAACUUACGCCGAUUGUAUCGUGGUAAGAAGUUCAAGCCACUUGACUUGCGACCAAAGAAGACUCGUGCUAUUCGCAAGGCCCUGUCACCGCGGGACGCUAACCGAAAAACAUUGAAAGAACUUCGUAAACGAUCCAUCUAUCCAGUUCGAAAGUUCGCGUUGAAAGCCUAAGUUUGACCAAAAUGGAAGUUUUCCUUGCGACAAAAUAAAAUUGGUAAAAACAAUGAAAA